UCACCAUCUCUUACAUUGGGAUGGUAAAUCAAAAUGAAAAGAUAAAGAAACUGUUUUGCUAAACUACACACUUUCACUCUCUCCACAAAUCCACGUCUUAUCACCACGUCUGGGGGUUUAGGCACUCUUUGCUGCUUUAUUAGCCUUUUUUUUCCACCUUUUCAUAACUGCCACAUGAAGACCAAACACCAAAAGACCUUUGUCCUUCUCUCUGUUUCCCAACUGCAACAGUGUCUCUUGUCUCCAUCUCCUCCCCCAGACAAAGAUAAUCUCUAGAUUCCCACCAUUUCCAUAAAAGAAUUAGAUAGACCAAGAACAAGAACACGGAGCAGCUUCAUAGUUUCCUACUCUUUCUUUAUCUCUCUGUUUUUGUCUUUUCUCUGCAUGUUUUUGUGAUACCAGACAAAACUAAAUAUGUGUCUCCUUGGUCAUUUGCUACCCAUUUGGGUUCUUGGUUUCUUCUUCUUCUUCUUCUUCUCCACUGCUCUUGUUGUUACUCAAUCAGAAGAAUCUUCCGUUGUCUACGUUUCCCACGAAAUCCCCAUUUCUCAGGCUUCUCCACGAAUGGGAGCUCAAUCCCCAGGACCUCCCAUUGUUAAAGUGGUGCUUCGCCAGGACUUGAACAAGAAGAUUCUAAUUGCUCUUAUAGUCUCAUCAUCACUGCUCUGUGUUACAGUCAUGUUCCUUUUGUAUCUCUUGCUAUGGAGGUACAGAAAUAUGAAGAACAGCUUCACCGGGAUCAAACGAAAUUCCGAUUCGGUGAAGAGUGUCACCACGAAACCGAUUGUACACAAGAUUGAUUCUGUGAGGAAAGGAACCAUCCCUGUGUAUGAAUUUCAAUUGCUGGAAUCUGCAACAAACAAGUUUAGUGAUAGUAAUGUGUUGAGCCGAGGUGGUCGUGGAUGCCUUUACAGAGCUUGUCUUGAUGAAAAGUCCUCUGUCACUGUGAAGAGACUUGAUGGUGGUGGGGAGACAGACAUUGAAAAACAGUUUGAGACUGAGGUAGAUUGGUUGGCUAAGAUCAGGCAUCAGAACAUAAUUUCCUUAUUGGGGUUUUGCGUAUAUCGCCAGACGAGUUGUAUUGUGUAUGAGAUGAUGCAGAAUGGAUCUUUGGAGAGUCAGUUACAUGGGCCUAGUCAAGGUUCAGGUUUAACUUGGCAGCUCAGGAUGAAGAUAGCAGUUGAUAUAGCAAGAGGAUUAGAGUAUCUUCACGAGCAUUGCCAUCCUCCUGUAGUUCACAGAGAUUUGAAAUCAUCUAGCAUACUUCUAGACUCUGAUUUCAAUGCAAAGAUAUCAGAUUUUGGGUUUGCCACGGUGUUGACUACGCAGAAUAAAAACCUGAUACACAAAGCUUCUGAGCAUCUUCUUGAUGGGAAAGUUACAGACAAGAAUGAUGUCUACUCGUUUGGAGUGAUCCUCCUCGAACUUCUCCUCGGGAAGAAAUCAGGGGAGAAACCGUCUUCUGAACCAGAAUCCAUUGUUACUUGGGCUGUACCUAAGCUGAGUGAUAGAGCUAGUCUUCCAAACAUCUUGGAUCCUGCAAUCAAAGGAACCAUGGAUUUGAAGCAUCUAUAUCAGGUAGCUGCGGUAGCGGUGUUGUGUGUACAGCCGGAGCCAAGUUACAGACCACUAAUAACCGAUGUCUUGCACUCACUCAUCCCUCUUUUACCAGUAGAACUCGGCGGAUCAUUGCGGAUUUUAUAAAUUAUCUUUCCCUUUUUAUCUUUUCAUAUCAAUGUGCAUGUGUAUGUGAAUUUUUCUCUUUUGUUGGUUCUUUAGAGAAUUGAUUGUUCUUUGUUUAAUCAAGUUUUGCUUAAAUGGAAGCAAGACAAGUUCAGAGUU